CAGCUGGAGAGCAAGUGGACCGCGCUGGGCACCCUCAUCCAGGAGUACGGGCAGCUCCAGCGGCGCCUGGAGAACAUGGAGAACCUGCUGAAGAACAGGAACUUCUGGAUCCUGCGGCUGCCCCCGGGGGCGAAGGGGGAAGUCCCCAAGGUGCCGGUGACGUUUGACGACGUGUCCGUCUACUUCAACAACAAGGAAUGGGAGAAGCUGGAGGAGUGGCAGAAGGAGCUGUACAAGAACGUGAUGAAGGGGAACUAUGAGUCGCUGAUCUCCCUGGACUAUGCAAUUUCCAAACCUGGUGUUUUGUCUCAGAUCGAGCAAGGAGAGGAAUCACGGGUCAGGAAUGAGCAGGACUUGGAGGAGAGCGAGAUCAUUACCGAUGCCACCGCAGGUGAGACGGCAGCUUCGCGCGAGGGGAGCCCUAGGUUGCCUUCAGAGGAGCUGCUCGCCCCGAGGCUAAAGCGAGUGUUGCUGAGAGCCGUGCCCGAGGAGGUUAUGGGGAGGAGCCUUGCGUACGAGCGGGAAAGAGGAUCCCAGGCGAGAGGCGGGAGCGUGGCGGGGAUGGUUGAAGGGCAGGGGCUGAAGGGAGAGCAGAAGAGGCCGAGCGAACGAAACUCCUCUGCAGGAUCAGAGCUGGUCCGCGGGGAGCCGGCAGGGAUUGUUGCGAGCGGUUUCUUCAUCCUGGCUCCCGGGAAUGACGGCGAGCGGGAAUCUCUCUUUGCUGCAGCUGGUAUAAGGGUUGUGAUCAAAACGGAGGAGCUCCUUCCUGAAGACAGCCCCGAAAACCCUGAGCUGCACGGGAUGUCGGGGCAGUCGGAGGGGAGCUUCCAGAGUCCAGACGAGGAGGCAGCCUGCGAGAGCCCCUACGGUUCCGUCUCCCCUCCGAGGGACCUCCCAGGAACCAGCCUGGGUGACUCGUCCGAAUACGUAGCUGACUUCAACGAGAUCCAGAGGGUCAUCGUUCACCACGGGAGCUGCACAGAGGACGGGAUCGUGAUCAAGACAGAGGAGGAGGAGGAGGACGACCCCGACACCCUGGAGCCGUGCGCCAUGUUCUCGGGCAGGACCGAGCCGCCGGCGUUCCCCAGCCACGAGGCCGGGCUGGGCUGCGAGGCGCAGUGCAGCUCCAAAACGCAGCCCAGGAGCCUGGCGGCCGCCCGUGUGGGGAAGCCCCCCGCCUGCGAGAGGGACUCCGGGGAGAUGAAGCCGGCCACCGCCCAGCAGCGGAACCGGACGAGGGAGAGACCCUACAUCUGCCCCGAGUGCGGGAAGAGCUUCAUGCUCAAGAUCAACUUCAUGAUCCACCAGCGCAACCACCUCAAGGAAGGGCCCUACGAGUGCCACGACUGCGACCUCAGCUUCCGCAACAAGCAGCAGUUCCUGCUGCACCAGCGCAGCCACACGCGCCGGGGCGUGGGGGUCCCCCGGCGCCCCGAGCACGGCCUCAAGCCCCAGGCGCGGCCCCCGCCCCCGGGGAAGCCCUACAAGUGCUCCGAGUGCGAGAGCAGCUUCAGCCACAAGUCGAGCCUCAGCAAACACCAGAUCACCCACGUUGGGGAGCGGCCCUUCACCUGCGGCGAGUGCCGGAGGAGCUUCCGCUUGCAGAUCAGCCUCAUCAUGCACCAGAGGAUCCACGCCGGCAAGAGCGAGAUGGCCUUCCUCUGCCCCCAGUGCGGGAAGAACUUCACCCGGCCCUCCCACCUCCUGCGGCACCAGCGGACUCACACCGGCGAGCGGCCCUACCAGUGCAGCCAGUGCGAGAAGACCUUCAGCGAGAAGUCCAAGCUCACCAACCAUUACCGCAUCCACACCCGGGAGCGCCCGCACGCCUGCGCCGUCUGCGGGAAGGGUUUCAUUCGCAAGCACCACCUCCUGGAGCACCAGCGCAUCCACACGGGCGAGCGGCCCUACCACUGCACCGAGUGCGGCAAGAACUUCACCCAGAAGCAUCACCUCCUGGAGCACCAGCGGGCGCACACUGGCGAGCGGCCCUACCCCUGCACCGAGUGCACCAAGUGCUUCCGCUACAAGCAGUCCCUCAAGUACCACCUGAGGACGCACAUGGGAGAGUGAGGGCCCUCCUCCUCCUCCUCCUCCUCCUCCGCUCAUCCGCCCUCCCUCCAUCCCUCCCCCCCCCAGCUCAGGGCAUGGACAUCAAGGAAGCUUUGUGUGGUAGCGCCGCUGGUCUGGUGGAGAUGGCUAGGCUGAUUGGAAAUAAAUUAAUUAAUUAAAGCAAGCAAUGCGCGGCAAAAUUAAAAGAUUAUAUAUAUAUAAAAUUAACAGAAGCAGCUGAUUUAGGGGGCAUCCUCACCAUCAGAAAAAAGCAAACAAACCAACAACAAAAGAAACCUGUACAGGGUGUUUUGCCGGAGUAGGACUCUUAACUGCUUUUUAAAUCUACUGUUUGUUUUUUUAAUAAAUGUGGAGGAACGUUU